UCUUCAAACUCUUAACUUUAGAUUCGUUUUUUUUUUUUCCUUUAUAUUUUUUUUAAAUUUUCUCAUAACACAAUUCAACACUUAAAGGAACACUUUGAACUUUUCAAAACUAUAACCCCUUCUCUCUUUCUUUGUUUUUUCCUGUUAUAUCAAAAAUCACUCUUGCAUUACACAAAGUCACAUACAUGGACCUAACCAAGGACACCAACACCCUUGACACAAAUUCUCAAACCCCACCACAACCCUUCACCACCAACGGCUCCCUCAAGCACCAUCACCAUCACCACCCCACCACCGUGUCACCGCCGCAACAGCCACCGUCUACGGCGGUUGCCUACAAAGAGUGCCUCAAAAACCAUGCAGCCAGCAUUGGUGGCCACGCGCUUGAUGGGUGCGGUGAGUUCAUGCCCUCCUCUUUCUCCAACCCCAACGAACCGCGCUCGCUAACGUGCGCCGCGUGUGGAUGCCACCGUAACUUCCACCGUCGCCGCGACACACCGGAAAAUCAUCACCGCUCCAACUCCAGGCCCAAUUUCUUAAGCUUCUACCACUCCCCGCCACCGUCUCGUCACGGGGCGGGCCCGAGCUCCAGCCCAAGCCCAAGCCCGAUGUCGAGCCCGAGCCCACCGCCAAUCUCUCAUCAUUUCCCACCUUCCUCCCACCAUUUCCAAGGCCCAAUACCAGCCCACGGGCUCUUGGGCCUUGGAAAUGAACAUCAUCAUCACAUGAGUUUUAAUUUUAACUCUUCUUCCCACUGGAAUCCAGAAAACUCGGGUGGGAAGAAGAGGCAUAGGACCAAGUUCAGCCAUGAACAGAAAGAAAAAAUGCACAAUUUCGCCGAGAAAUUGGGUUGGAGAAUGCAGAAAGGGGAUGAAGGAUUGGUGCAAGAUUUCUGCAAGGAGAUUGGCGUUUCAAGAGGGGUCUUCAAGGUGUGGAUGCACAACAACAAGAACACUUCUGGCAGGAAGAAAUCGUUGGAACCAGGUGAAAGAAUCAAUGGCACCGGUAGUGAUAGUACAGAUAAUAAUAAUAAUCAUCCUUACAACACAAACAGCACCAACGAUGACACCCACUGAAAUUAAUUAAGGUAGUUUUGUUUUUGUCUAUUUUCAUGUUUCUGAUUAUGGAUCAUCGUUAAUUGUCAUAAUCUUGAUCCGCUGAGAAACUUAGAAUUGGCAAUAUUGGAGCAAGUUAAAAAUUUCAAAAUCGGAUACUAGUUAGUGAUAGUUUUUGUUUAUUCAUAUUUCAAUAAUUUGUUUUCUUUUUUGGUUAAUAAUAUUUCAGCUUAUAGCUGGAGAGGAAUCUAGUUUUUUUUUAGUUGUUACUGUUAAUGCCAUUUGCUAUGACAGUUUGUUUUUGUUGAUAACCUCUGAAAUUAAUUAAUGUCAUUUCAUAAAUGUUUCACCCUCUUAUGAUGAUGGCUCUUAUUGCUGUCACGUUUAUCUCUUGAGAAGGACAGGUGCAAUUUAAUGAGUAGUUUUGUUGUA